AUGUCCCUGCUGCAGUCUCUUUUUGGCCAGCGUUUUGAGGCAGCUGCAGCCCAAACGAUACAGAAACAAUCGUUGGCUUUGCCACAGCCCAAGGCAGGGGCCUUCGACUUGGAUCUCAGCCUCCAGGCCGGUGGAUGGUCCAUAGCUGCAUCAGCCGAGGUCCAUCGCCCGAGGCCAAACACCUCACACCAGGAGGCAGUUGGGCUGACAGGCGGAGGUGCUUGCGAACUUCAACCAGCGAUCCUUGGCAAAGUGACCACAUUUGGGGCUAUGAGCUCUACGAUCGGCUCCUGCGUUGAUUGCAGCAGCUUUCAGCUGGUCGAAAGCUGGUCAGAUGCCGAAGCUGGAGCAAGUGGCAACCUGGGCAAGAGCCUAGAACUGCCACUGCUGACAUGUGCCGAUAAGUUGGAUGUGAAUGUCCAAUUCACUGGACAGAAUUUGGGCCCGUUCGGUUGGCUUGGACUUCGACUGAGGGGCCAUGAUGGUCGUAGUCUGCCGCCGCUGCUUUGCCACUGGCAGGUGGCGUCGCUGGCAUGGAAGGACUUCCCAAGCCUUGCGAUGAUGUCAAAACAGCAAUUUGACUGCCACAAAAUGCCACAAAGUUGCAAAGGCAUCGGUGAUGUUUCGGACUUCGAUCAUUUCGUCAGUGCGUUAGUGAUGUUUUCCAGCAAAGUCUUCAUCCUCGUGAUUCAAGGGCCACGGAUCCCGAGGGAGUUCUGCAUUCCUCGUAGCUCCUUGAUCUUGGAAAGACAUUGCGGCUCAGGGAUGACCUGGUGGCUUUUGAAAGCAGAAGCAUUUCAGUUGGCCACACUCUGGGAAAAUGUUCUUCGCUUUUGUUUGCUGCUGGGGGCUGUCUUGGCCGAUGACAGUCUGGCUCUCAGAUGGGCAGCAGGGACCCGACCUGGUCAUUUCCCUCAGCUGUGUGCUGAGGCCUGUUCGAUUCAGCAGCGCCUUGGCGGACAAGAGAUGGUUUUGCUGGGCGACACGGAGCACGUGUUGACAAGGGAGAGCAACCACAGCAAGUACAGCAAGUCCAGCAGCCUGAACAACCUGAGCAGUCUGCUGCUGAGGAGAACUGGCCAGGGUGAGGGGUUUGGGAACAGAUUGAAAGGGUUGGACUUUGACUUGGUGCGGGCGAUUCUUCCAUGUUGGAAGCUGGAGUGCAAGCCCCUUCGUGGUGUUUGCCGCAGGAAAUGGUGCAGCCGCGGCAACGCCUCCUUCUUAGAACAUCUCAACUUGUUUAUCCCCUUGCACAGUGACUGGCAGAAGUAUGUCCCUGGCUUCGGAAAGGACUUCUCCCAUGGCCGAAUUCUUGAUGUUUGGAGCGCCUCCAGUGGUUGUCUUGUUGCGUUCAAUGACUGGAUCCAGCAGAACAUCCAAUGGUCUUUAGUUCGAAGUUUGCUCCUUGCCAUAGCUGUGCCAGACAUGCCAGCUCUGGCGCGUCGGGGCUUCCUGUGGCUCUGUCCACUGUUGGUUUUCACGGUGUAUUGGCCAAGAAAUUUCAUGAGUCGAGCAGGUUCUGCUGGUUCAGCUUCCCAGUCCUGUCAGGCUGCAGCUUUAGGUUCCAACCCAGACAGAAAGGAAUUGGAAGCCUUGGACCGUGACAUCCCCAGAUAUGUGCUGAAAGCAGCCGAAGGCAAUGAACGUUUGGCCCUCCAGCGCUGGGCUGAAACCUUGCGGUGGAGGUGUGAGAUUGGUGAUGAAGAUCUGUUUCGCAGGCCAAAUCCAAACUUUUUUACGAUUCAGAAACACUACCCCACGUACCUUCACCUGCCUGACAAGAGAGGACGGCUCACAUAUUGGCAGCGGGCUGGCCGCUUGAAUCCAACCGGACUGCUGAAUGAGGGAAUGUCGCCUUCACUGGUCAGAGACGACUAUGUUUGGCAGACGCUCUUUGCAUAUGACUUGUGGUUGAAACGCGAUGACAGACAGGAAAUUACCAUCAUUGUAGAUAUGGAGGGAUUCAGUCUCUCGAAGAUUACUCCCACAAUGCUUCGCAUUUUUUCACUGAGUUAUUCCAUUAUCCAGAAGCAUUUUCCUGACCGCGAACAUCUUGUUGUGGUCAUCAACGCACCUGAAUGGUGGGGAGCAAUUUGGGCAUUUUUCAAGCCCCUGCUGCCGGCGAAGCAGCAACGAAAACUGAGAGUCAGCACCAGCCAGAAGGAGUCAUUCUUGACUUUGCAGGAUAUCCUAGACCGAGACAGCAUACCUGAAGAAUAUGGUGGUUCUGGAGUACCCUUGGGCUCUGCCCCUGCUGAAAUGAUGCGGCGACAGUAUGCUUCAAAUGGUAAGAAGUCUGACUCCAAAGACGCCAAGGACAAGGACGAGAAGAAGCAUCCUGCUAUGUUCUUCGCACAGAAUCUGGGUUUCAUGGGGGAGCAGCCACAACAGAAGCCACAACCUCAGCAACCUCAGCAACCUCAGCAGCCAGAGCAGCCUGAGCAGCCGGAGCAGAAAGUCAAUUGGCAGAAGUUCGUCCCAUCCAUUGCAAAUGGCUUUUCGGGCAACUAUGUGCAGAAGGGUGAAGAGGAGCAGCAGAAGCGGGUGCAGAAGCGCCUUGAGGAAGAGAAGAAGGACAAGGACAAGGCUCCAGCUUUCCUUUUCGCCCAGUCUGACUUGAGCAGGGAUGAGGUCAAGGAGGAGGAAAGUCUGCAGGCUGUCUCUGCAGCGGAGGCAGCAGAGUCACACGCACGUGCACGUGCUCAAGCCUCCUUGGAUCACUUGAAGGGCGUUUCCUGGAAGGACAUCAUCCGAAAGGUCUCCGACUGGGGCACUGUGGACGAGCUGUCCGCUUCUGCCACUCAAAAGGGUGCUCAUGCCUGGGAGAAUGCUCUGGAGGAAAGGACCAAGGUCUUGCAGAAGUUCAACAAAAAGCCUCGCAAGAAUGUCUUGGACUUCAAUGCAUCCAGGGCAGUGGAGCUCGUCUAUGCAGUCGAGACUGCCGCGGCGCACGUGGAGCUCAACGAUCGCAGGAAAGAGGAGAGCAUGAAGUCGUCGUUGAAGAAAACGCGCUAUGCCGCCGUGCAGCACGUGAAGUCCUUGGAGUUCGAAACCCGCGAUGCCGCGCAUCAGUGGAAGGCCGUUGGCAAGCAAGCUGUCAAGGCUCAGAGGUUUGCGCACAUGUCUGAGAAUGUCUACGAGCGACAUGAAGACGUGAUGAGGGAUGCCGUCGGGGAUGUUUCCAACCGGGCAGAGAACAUUGCGGACAGGCUGAAGGACCAGGUCAACGACUACUUCUCCCACAUUGAGGACGAGGUGCAGCGAUCAUCCUUUGACGGGCGCAGCAGGGAAUUGCUGAGCGAGUCCAGGAAGGCGAUCAGCGAGCUGCAUGAGGCGAGGUUACCAGGUUUGUUGGAGACGCCUCCAUCAAGGUCCAAGUCAUUUGUAUGA